UGGACACCUUUUUCAUAUUUCAUUUUACACCAUAUAAAUGCUGUUAGUCCCACCGUCUGGGUUUGUUUCAACACCUCAUGACAAGUGUAUUUAGUACAGUUAGCACUGUGCUGCUAAUGUGUCCAUGAGUCAGCCCCUCCUGCUCAAGGGGUGCUGUUGUGUAGGUGACCCGAGCUCCAAACGUGGCGUGUCCUUCAGUUAACUCAAUGAAUUUAGGCAGUUUGACCAUUACAGGAUAGAGGCCGCCUGACAAAACUAGUACAACAGUGACCUCUGCUGUUCGUUACAGUUCCCUGCAAGCACCGAGAGGCUGCGUCUGCUAUUGGUGGAUAUAUUUAAUGUAUAGAUAGUGUUUAGAUGUCACCUUUUUUUAAAUAAAAGGUAAACAUCUACAUAUUUAAGUAAGUAAGUAAAGUUGAUUCAUAUUGCACUUAUCACAUACAAAGUGUCACAACGUGCAGUACAGAUGUCAAUUAAAACAAUUUGGAAAUAACAGGUGCCAAAACAGUUUAAAGAGCAAAGUACAAUACACAGUAAAAAGAUGGUGCAAAAAAUAAACAAACAAACAAACAGAGAAGAUAAAAGCAGGCCAUAAAAUGUUCAAAUCAACAAAAUGCCAGUGUCAACAGGUAUGUUUUGAGAUGGAGUUAUGGAAUUAUGCUGUGGAAUCAGCAAACCUUAGGAGUGCAGGCAGAGUUUUCCACAGCGUCGGUGCAGAUUCUAAUUGUUUCCUUUACUUUGCUGUUGUCGUUUUUCGUCUUUUUUCAUGUCCAUAUGAACCUUUGGAAAGAUAAACGUAACAUCGCUGUUGGCCUACAUUUUAGUCAAUAAAGUUUUGAACAGAAAAAAAAUGGAGGCUGACAGACGAGGAUUGUAGGAAGCUAACAUGAUCAGUUUCUCAAGAGCGGCCACUACAGUACCAGCUCGUUGUUUUUAGAUACAACCACCAGACACACAUCGUAUCACGUGCUGCUGCCAACACAACGUGCAGGACGGUGGAUCUUCUCAUUCUCCGUCUGAAGCUUUACAGCCCUUGAGGUCAGAAGAUGGAGGAGGACCACGUCCACUGCAUGUCCUGUGUUAAUCAGAGAUGCAUGGUCAGACCUCAACCAGGCAUCUCUUGUGAUCUUAUCACCUGUCCUCUGGUGUGCGGGGCGGUGUUUCACUCCUGCAAAGUUGAUGAGCACCAUCUUCUGUGUGCCCUGCUGAGGGUGCCCUGCCUGAACAGUGGCUAUGGCUGCCCUGCCGCCCUGGUUCGCAACCAAAUGUACGCGCACCUUGAAGUGUGUCCGGCUGGAGUGGUGUGCUGCACGAUGGAGUGGAACAGAUGGCCCGUUAGCUGCCUGGACUACACUUCCUAUGAGAGCCUGAGCCGUGGGGUGGAGGAGGUGGAGCAGCUGGAUAUGGCACUUGCUCUUCAGGACCAGCGUACGCUCCUCGAGUCCCUCAAGGUGAUCGCCAUGACUCCGACUGCAGAAGGAGAAGCACUUUCCCCGCCUCGUGAGGACAACAGGACAACGGACUCAUCUUUGCUUCCAUCGGCCCCCGAGGCCUCCGCCAUGACGGAGUCCCCUUCGCGGGCGCCGUCCUCACGUCAGCCGCGACCGCCCCCGCCAGGCUCGGCGAAGGAGAGAAUUGUCAGUGGAAUAAAUGGCUUGACCGAGGAGCACUUCAGUAAACUCUACGAGGCCACGGUGGAGACGGCGAGAAGCUUAUCCGCCGCUUUGGACUUUGUGAGCCGAGCGCAGCCGGUCGACGGCAGCGACGAGCGCAUCGAGAGGCGGUCGAGCGACGACGGAGACCUUCGGAGUGGACCCGGCGGUUUGAAGAGAAAAGAGACGGAGGGGCAACGCGUUUGUUCGAGCUGUUUGAGAGGAGAUGGGGCUGUGGCGGGAGCCGACGUGAAGACUUUAAAGACAACAGAUGGAGCGCUGUCAGGAGGCACGGAGGCCUGUCUUGAGACGGCCCGCCCGGUGGAGGUGAAAGGUGACAUGAGUGCUGGUGUUUCUCAGGAGGCGGCCCCCCCCCCCCCGAGGACGUCUCCAGUGCCCGUCAGCCAGGGUGCGGCGCAGCGGGCCGCUCAUGUGGUCCUGGAAGACAGGGGGCUCGUUCUUUUGGGAAACCACGGGCCCGAGCGAAAGUUCUACAACUACAAUUUGUUUCGGGGUCCUGGCCGAUGUCCGUUACCCAACGGGCGGGUUGGUUUCAUCCCAGACAGGUCUGCGUUUAGAUUACGACCCAAAAUGGAAGACAAGGCGGUCGACACUUCGGAUCUGGAGCCGGCGGACGACCCCAUGGGCCUCGGAGAGAUUGAUCUGAUCACGGCGGCGCUGCUCUUCUGUUUGGAGGAUUUCAGAGAGUGUCGAAGGAUCUCCGACGCGAUCUACGUCGACGGCUACCGCGUGGACUUUGGCACCCAGACGUUCACGUUCCCCGCGGCCAUCUUGGUGACCGGCACCAGAGUGGGUGAGAUUGCGUCCGCGUCUGCCUGCGACCACGCCGCCCCGCAGCUCUCCUACCCGAGCCCCUUUCGCACGCUCCGCCUCGGGCUCGUCCUGGAAGCUCUGGAGGUGGAGGCGGUGCCGCACAACCGCUACCUCCCCCCCAACCCCCGCUACCGGCACAUGUUCCCGUUCGUCUGCGGUCAGGCGCUGCGUCGGGACCAGUUCUCUUCCCAUUUCACAAAUGUCCACGGGGACAUCCACGCCGGUCUCAACGGUUGGAUGGAGCACCGCUGCCCCCUGGCGUAUUACGGUUGCACAUUUUCUCAGCGGAGGUUUUACCCGUCGACCGAGGGGGCCAAAGUGGUUCAUGACAGGCACCUCAGGGCCUUCGGGGUGCAGCCUCGCCCGCGGGCAACAUUUCCAAGUGAUUUCCAGUCCGACCAAAUCAGCGGGCUUCCGAUUGAGAUCUUGUGGCACGUGGCUGGAUUCCUGGACAGCUUCAGCCUCUGCCAGCUGUCCCUGGUGUCACGGACGAUGAGGGAGGUGUGUGCCAGUCUCCUCCAGACCAGGGGCAUCGUGGAGCUGCGGUGGGAGCGGAGGCGACGGCCCGGUGCCCCCGGCGCUGUGUCGUGGCAGAUCAAAAACAGAGUGUGGAGCUUCAGCACUGCUUUCAGCCCGGUGUUGUCUUGGGGUUUCACCGAUCUCCCCAGCAUGUCGAACCAUCUUAAGAAGUGCCACUUCAACAACGUGGAGCACAAGACGGAGCCGGUGCCCCUUCCUGCCAUGUGCACUGCCCGAGAUGGACACUCGCUGCGUCGCGUCCUCCGUCACGUCAACACCUGAUGAAACAAAGAUGACCUCUCGUCGCUGCACAACAGUCCGUGUGGUAUUCUGUGGAUGUCUUGAAAACAUAGCUCUUCCUGUUUGACACUUCGUUAUUAAGAAGCCGUAAUGAAAUAACGCCCUAACUGCCACAAUCAAGGUGUGUUGUCGUGGAUUGCAUGGAUUCGUUGCUGACAUGUGUCCUUAUUCUGGUGAGAUAAAAUAUAUUUUCCUGAAGACAAAUAUGCAUAUUAGAUUUAUAUUAUUCUAUAUGAUAUACUGUAUACAUGUUUUCACUAUCUUGCCUUUCAGUAGUAGCCAUGGGGAAAAGCAGAUUGUUGGUUAUAUUGCAUUAUUUCUGUGACAGAAGUGAUGCCAGCACUUUACACAAGAUUUGCGUCACCCUCCUAAAUUGGUAUGUGACCCUAAAUGUUCUCAGUCUUUCUGUUUCCUACAGCGGGUGUCAACCUAUUGUCUGUUUUCUGGAUUUGUAGGACAUUGAGUCAAAAAUGAUGGCAAUUAAUAUGAGGACAGCCUAAAAAUGCAUGUAAUUUGCUACCAUUUAAUAAAGUCUUUACAGCCUUUUA